AUGCGCUGGAUGCGGCGAAACGCACGCCGCCUGGUCGAGAGCUUGUACGAGUCCUUGCACCGCAACCCGCCCUAUCUACAGGAUUAUCUCUCCGUGGGUAGCGACACGGAGACCUCUGGCCCGCCUAAUAGCGAGGGGUGUGCUGCGGGAUCUGGGAGAGGGAGGGAGAGAUUGACCCGAUCAACCAGCCGGCCAACGGAGCGGAAUCGCUCUACACAAGAAGCGGCCCUGAUAGACCCAAACUCGGAAAUGGAUGUAGACCCUAUCCCGUCCGAGUCAGAACCGUCGAUUGCCCAGCAAAUUGACAUGAUCAGCGAACUGGAGACGCCCGCACCAAUGACCCCUGCCCUUAGGGAUCGCACUCUGAAUAAGAGGCGCCCCCGCAGCGUCACCUACUCGGAGGCAACGAGGCGGAGCGCUAGACACCAGCGGUUUCGCAUCUUCAAUAUAUAUAAUCGACCUGCCGAGGUUGGCACAGGCACCUUAGGCCUGGUCAGCGACCUCACUACUAAUACCACUAACGAUUACGUCCUCCUAUUGGGGGAUUUCAACCUUCACCACCCUGCCUGGGGCGGCAAGAAUGCCGCCCGGGAUACCCUUUCUAACCAGUUACUUGACUUAAGCGAUGGAAGGUGCCUGGACCUCUGGCUAAAGCCGGGCACUAUCACCAGAGACGAAGCCGGAGCGAAGACCACGAUCGACUUAGUCCUCGGCUCGCAGGACCUGACCCCUAGACUCGUUACCUGUGAGGUCACUGAAAAGAUUCACGCAGAUUCCGAUCACCUACCUAUACGGACCCUUAUCGACAUCCAAACCAAGACCCCGGAGGCGCAGCGGCGCCGCAACUGGAAGGCGUGCAAAGUAAAAGAACUACAGACUUUUGUAGACCUGAACCUAUACAGUAAAGCCUUUCCACUUGAGAAUAAGCAGCACAUCGAACUCGCAAUGGAGUUCCUUAUUGAAACGGUAAAUCAAGGAAUAGCAACAUCUACCCCGUGGGCACGGUCAAGCAAGUGGGCGAACCCGUCUUUCAUACCGGAAUGCCGAGAGAUGAUUAAGGUCACUCUCAGAAACCGCAAAGGAAAAGUGCUGGCGAGGGCCCUACGGCAGGGACACCGGACCUGGGUUAGAAAGGCCACCGAGGCAGGCCCCCGAGGCAUGUGGCGCGUGGCCAGAUGGGCCAGGAACCGGGACGCCUCCGGGGGACUGGUCCCAACACUGAAAACACCAGAUAACGGCCUCGCAGAAACUGCAGAACAGAAAGUUGAAGUAUUCCGGAAGGCUUUCUUUCCCCACCUACCUCCUGCAGACCUUUCCGAUAUCCCUGCGACCUCCCUACCUCAGCAACUUGACUUCCCGGAUCUUGCCGAACACGAGGUGCUACGCUGCAUCCGAAAGGCGCCUCCUGACAAGGCUCCCGGGCCCGACGGCAUCCCUAAUAAGGUCUGGCACUGGCUAGGUAAGAUUCCCUCCUUCGUGAAGGCGCUCACGGGUAUCUUUAAUGCCUGUAUCCGGCUCGGGCACAACCCCGGAUACUUUCAGCAAUUUAUAACGGUAGUCCUCCGUAAGGCCGCGCCACGGGAUUAUCGAAUCGCCAAAUCCUACCGGCCUAUUGCCCUCUUGAACACACUCGGUAAGAUUCUAGAGGCGGCAAUCGCCACCCGCAUAGCCUACGCACUGGAGGAACAUAGCCUACUGCCACGAGGGCACUUAGGGGGACGCAAGGGCAUCUCCGUCGACCACCUGAUUCAACUACUGAUGGAUGCUAUCUUUGAUGGCUGGGGCCGAAGCCAGAAGGUAAGUAUGCUCCUGUUAGACGUAGCAGGGGCCUUCGACAACGUCUCCCAUACCCGGCUGCUGCACAACUUGAAGAUAGCACGACUAGGGCACUUCGCCGAGUGGCUGGAGUCAUUCCUUUCAGACCGACAGACCCGGCUCCAACUACCUGGCUACCUGAGCCGUAUCAUUUCUACCCCCACGGGAAUCCCCCAGGGGUCCCCUAUCUCCCCGAUCCUUUUCCUUCUCUUCAAUACGCCUCUUAUUCGGGCACUAGGAAUCAAUACCGUUGAGAGUAUGCGCAUCCAGCCACCGAUCUCGGGCAGAACCCUAGCAUUCGGCUGGAUUGACGAUACCUGUACGAUCGCUCUCUCCGGGUCCUACGCAGCUAAUCAGCGUCUACUGGAGUGGGCACUCGAUAAGGCUGCUGUAUGGUCCGGGCAGCAUUCGUCUAGGUUCGCGCCGGAUAAGUUCGAACUGAUACACUUCCGGAACCCGCUGGACCCCGAUCCCGGGGCCGAGAGGGACACCCCCUGUGAUUACACGGAACCAUGGAAUGGACAGGACCUUACCAACGCUAACCGGGAGGACGGGAGCGCCUGGGAGGUUCCCGUUGAACCCCCGGGGCACGACCAGCUGCCAAUAAAGGAUCACGCAACGGGCCACGUCAUACGGCUAGUGGAACACGCUAAAUACCUCGGAAUCUGGCUCGAUAAGACUCUCUCCUUUACUACCCACUGCACUAAGGCGGUAGCGAAGGCGAACGGGAGCCUCGAAGCCCUACGGAGCAUCUCUGCGUCCACAUGGGGCACGUCCCUGCUGAACAUGCAGACCAUAUAUCUGGCCGUAGUAGUUCCGCAGAUGCUCUACGGGGUUGCUGCAUGGUAUAGCCCUACCAGCGGGCGUACUAAGUAUGCAAAACGGCAGAAGACUAUCAGCGAAUUCGAACGAAUCCAGACGCGGGCGGCAGUACUUAUUAGCGGAGCAUUCAGAAAUACUGCUUCUGCAGCUCUAGGGGCAGAGCUAUUUCUGCCUCCGGUCCGCCUGCACAUGCAACAGAUGAUUGAGGAGACCGCAAUCCGGAUACAAACCGGACCGGUUAUGGCCUGUCCCCGAGGAUUAGUCAAGAAGAGGAGCUCGGCGGAGAUAAAACGGUCAGGGUGGUCCCCCAUGGAGGCGCUAAGCGGCUUUAACGGCCACGUAGGGGGCGCUGCAGUCUCGAUUCGGGCCGGAAAGGUCCGCAAGAAAUACCUAGGAGCCGCGGCUGACUCCACUGUGUACGUGGGAGAGCUAGAGGGAGUCAAAAUGGCCCUGAAGUGGGCAGAGGCUGCCCCGAUCACGGUCUUUUCAGACAGCCAGGCGGCCAUUCAAGCCGUGCAGAACCCUGGCCGACCAUCAGGCCAGUACGUACUACGGGCUAUCUACGAGAGGAUCAGGACCCUGAGAGGCAGCGGCCUGCAGCAGGAAGAUAUAGAGCUGCGCUGGAUCCCUGCGCAUAUCGGUAUAGAAGGGAAUGAACGAGCUGAUGAGGCGGCCAAGCGGGCCGCGAUAAAGGGGAUUGAAUUAAGCUCAGUAGGGCCGCGGGAGCUGGCCGCUCGGCCAAUCACCAGGCUUGCAGCUGCAGCCAAAACUGACGUUGGAAAACCUACCAAACGGCUGAUUCCGAAGCCGAAUAAGAAGGUCUUAAGGAUAUACGAGGGCCUGAGCAAGCCCCAGACCUCUAUAAUUAUCCAGAUGCGCACUAUGAGGAUUGGACUGAGGCAUUUCCUCUUCAAGAUAAAGCAGGUCGACUCCGACCGCUGCAGGUGUGAAUUAGGUUCUCAAACGCCUAAACACGUCCUUAUGGAGUGCUCGCUGCACCUCGCCAGUCAGAGAAUAAUGAUGGAACGCCUCGACUCUAUCGAGGGACUGCGUGGGCGUAUACAGGACUACGACGCAGUCAUGAACCACCCGCAGGCGACACGCUACGUCGCCGAUUUCAUGCAACGAACAGGCCUCCUACAGCAGUUCCGAUUCGCCACGUUCAACGACGAGAAGGGCGAGGAGGUCCCGGAACCCAGCACCCUCCUAGAGGGACUCGAUCUAAACGAGGAAGACGAUGGUUAUAUUGAACAACAAAAGAGCCAGAAAGUCUCAACUGGCUACGUGACGCACACAGGAACAGUGGAUCCCACUGGAAUAUCACAGGUAGAACGGAGUGGAAGGAGAGAACAGCGUCUAGGGGCGCAAUCACUCGUAAAUGUGCUGGCGAGGGCCCUACGGCAGGGACACCGGACCUGGGUCAGAAAGGCCAGGAACCGGGACGCCUCCGGGGGACUGGUCCCAACACUGAAAACACCAGACAACGGCCUCGCAGAGACUGCAGAACAGAAAGUUGAGGUAUUCCGGAAGAUCUUCUUCCCUCAUCCACCUCCCGCAGACCUUUCUGAUAUCCCUACGACCUCCCUACCUCGGCAACUUGGCUUCCCGGAUCUCGCCGAACACGAGAUGCUGCGCUGCAUCCGAAAGGUGCCUCCUGACAAGGCCCCCGAACCUGACGGCAUCCCUAAUAAGGUCUGGCACUGGUUAGGUGAGGUUCCCUCCUUCGUGAAGGCGCUCACGGGCAUCUUCAACGCCUGUAUCCGGCUCGGGCAUAACCCCGGAUACUUUCAGCAAUCUACAACGGUUUUCCUCCGUAAGGCCCCGCCAAGGGAUUAUCGAGUCGCCAAAUCCUACCCGCCUAUUGCCCUCUUGAACACACUUGGUAAGAUUCUAGAGGGGUUCGCGCCGGAUAAAUUCGAGCUGAUACACUUCCGGAACCCGCUGGACCCCGACCCCGGGGCUGAGAGGGACACCCCCUGUGGAACGCCUCGACUCUAUCGAGGGACUGCGUGGGCGUAUAAAGCGAUACGCUACGUUGCCGAUUUCAUGCAACGACCAGGCCUGCUACAGCAGUUCCGAUUCGCCACGUUUAAGGACGAGGAGGACGAGGAGGUCCCGGAACCCAGCACCCUCCUAGAGGGACUCGAUCUAAACGAGAAAGACGAUAGUUACACAGAACGCCAAGGGCCAGGGAGUCUCAACUGGUUAUACGACGCGCACAUGCAGGAAUACUACAAAUAG